UCGUGGGAGACUGAAUUAGCGGCACUUGUUCUUCUUCCUUGUUGUUGUUAGGGAAUAGAGAGACAGAGAGAGAGAGAGAGGUAUGGCGAGGAGAGCGGACGAGGAAUACGACUAUUUGUUCAAAGUGGUAUUAAUCGGCGACUCGGGCGUUGGGAAAUCCAACCUCCUCUCGCGAUUCACUCGCAACGAGUUCUGUUUGGAAUCCAAGUCCACCAUUGGCGUCGAAUUUGCCACACGUACUCUCCAGGUUGAGGGAAGAACUGUGAAAGCUCAGAUAUGGGACACAGCAGGACAGGAGAGAUACAGAGCAAUUACUAGUGCCUACUAUAGAGGAGCUCUUGGAGCACUACUUGUUUACGACGUAACAAAACCAACAACAUUUGAAAAUGUAAGCCGGUGGCUAAAGGAAUUGAGAGACCAUGCUGACUCAAACAUUGUGAUCAUGAUGAUUGGGAACAAGACUGAUCUGAAGCAUCUACGUGCCGUUGCCACAGAGGACGCCCAGGGUUAUGCCGAAAGAGAAGGCCUUUCAUUCAUCGAAACAUCUGCUCUUGAGGCAAUUAAUGUUGAGAAGGCUUUCCAGACAAUUCUUGCUGAGAUUUAUCGGAUUAUUAGUAAAAAGACUCUUUCAUCAGAUGAGCCAACACCUGCAAGCAUUAAAGAAGGGAAGACCAUUGCUGUCACUGGAGGAACAGAGGUCAAUACAAAGAAGCCUUGCUGUUCAUCAACCUGAGGUUGAUUAUUUUUUAAGACAUUCGUACUUUAGUUUCAUAUUAUUAUUUGUUAUUUUGUUUUUUCCCUUAUUCUUCGGCUGUGGGUUAUUGUGUGAAGUUAUUUUUGUUGCAUAUUCCUUUGGACUAUACUUUCUUGUUUGUUGCCUGGAUUUGUUAUGUAAGGGGGUAUAUUUCAUGAGGUAUA